AUGUCUUCUGCUAGCCAGACUGAACCUCGGAUUGACGCCUCAGGAGAGGAGCGCAUCAAUGACGUCCCUGUUCCUGCUCCCCUUGGUCUGGGAACAUAUCUCCGCCUUGCGCCAGUCUUUUCGACUACUUUCCCUCAACGUGCGCAGGAGGUGCAAGAUACCGGCCCGGUCCCUCCAACUCUAUCGGCCUUGGCCAAGCUCGUCGCAGAGUCUGCUAUCGCUGAGGAUACUUUGAAUGUCAAUCCUGGCUCUGAGGAGACUGAGCGGCGAUUCAGCAGCAUCAGCGCUUCUAGUAGCACAUCUACUGACAGCGAAGGAGCAGAGCGGCGACGCUUCCUCAAAUUGGCACCUGUCUACUACGGUGGAAAAGUUGGGUCCAGUGACUUUGCUGAAGUUGAGUGA